UAUCAGUCAAACCAUCAACAAAUGACGAGAUUCACAUUCAGCGCUCUUGAACUCUGCUCAUACUUGUAGAUGUUUAUCAAAAAACUUCAUUUUAAUUUACUCAUUUAUAAUAUCUUGCUCUGAAGAAGUGGGAAUCUCUUCAUUAUUUUUAUGAAUAAAAUUUUAUCUGGUCAAUUUUUGUACUAUUACUCUAUUUAUAACGAAUUAGUAAGGAAUAUGAAUUCCAUGCUAAAUUAGAGGUUUUAUUUUAAAGGUUUCAGUCUGAAAAAUUUCAAACAUUCUUUGAGUUGAAUAAGAAUAAUCAAAUUACCUGUCAAAAAGUUGAUUUUGAAAAUUAUUGAAAGUAUGUUUAGUGGAGCUUUGCAACUUACUGAUCUAAAUGACUUCAUCACUCCAUCUCAGGAAUGUGUAAAACCUAUUCAAAUGGUUAAAAAAGGUGGAAAAGCUAGCAGUGUGGUUAUUUCAGAUGAUGGAGAUUUCUUUGAGACUAAAGAAAAUGAUGUUCAAGAAAAAUUAGAAAAAGCAAAAAUAACACUGAAUGAUUGUCUGGCAUGCAGUGGAUGUAUAACUUCUGCAGAAAGUGUCUUAAUCACGGAACAGAGUCAGGAAGAAUUUUUUAAGAUUUUGGAACAAAAUAAACUUUUUGAAGAAGCUAAAGACUAUGAUAAAGUAAAAACUAUAGUUGUAUCUAUAGCUCCUCAGUCAAGGGUGUCUAUAGCUGCUAAAUAUAAACUGGAUGUCAAAACUGCUGGCGAGAAACUAACAACCUUUUUCCAUAAUCUUGGAGCAAAAUAUGUGUUUGACACUACAUUAGCAAGAGAUUUUUCAUUGAUAGAGACUCAAAAGGAAUUUUUAAAUCGUUACAAACUGAAAGAUUCUGGUGGAGUUUUACCUAUGCUGUCAUCUGCAUGUCCUGGCUGGGUUUGUUAUGCUGAAAAAGCCCACGGAGAAUAUAUAUUACCUUACAUUAGCUUAGUUAAAUCUCCUCAGCAAGUAAUGGGAUCUCUUAUUAAAAAUUACUUGGCAAAUAAAAUUCACGUUAAGCCUAAUCAGAUCUAUCACAUGUCUAUAAUGCCUUGUUUUGACAAAAAAUUAGAAGCUUCCAGAAAUGACUUUUUCAAUGAGAUUUAUAACACAAGAGAUGUGGAUUGUGUCAUCACACCAGUUGAAGUUGAAGCUAUGUUAGAGACAACAAAAGUAAAUUUGAAUGAACUAUUAGCUGACAACAUUGACCAAAUUAACUCAGAAAACCCGUUUGAGUCAGGUGGUCUUUAUACACAUCCAGGAAGCACAUCUGGUGGUUACUGUGAACACAUAUUUAUAAAUGCAGUGAAAGAACUUUUUGGAGAGUCUGUUUCACAUUUGGAGUUUAAGGUUUUGAGAAAUCAAGAUCUAAAAGAAGUUGUGUACGAGAAAGAUGGCAAAACUCUGUUGAGAUUUGCCAUUGCUAAUGGUUUCCGCAACAUACAAAAUAUUGUUCAAAAACUGAAGCGAGGAAAAUCUCCAUAUCAUUUUGUAGAAAUUAUGGCUUGUCCCUCAGGUUGUAUUAAUGGAGGAGCACAAAUACAAGCAACUGGAGAAGAAACCAAAAAAGAUUUGGUUGUGAGGAUGGAGCAACUUUAUCAUUCCCUUUCCUCCAUAUCUCCUCUGGAUGAAAGAAACAGACUGAUUCCAUAUCUGUACAAAGAGUGGCUAGAAGAGGAUAAUCCCGAAAAAGUGAAGCAAAUGUUAUACACCCAAUACCACUCUGUCAGCAAGAUGAACAAUGCUUUAUUUAUAAAAUGGUAGUCAAUAAUAAAACUGUUAAUUUGUUGGAUAAUAUU